AUGAUGGCAUCGCUAAAGGAGCUGGCGAUCGGCAACCUCAGACGAGCCGGCCUGGAUGAGGUCUUGUAUACCCCCGGGCAGGAGACAUACGAGAACAGGACUGCGUCGUACUGGUCGGAGACAGCCAGGCUGAGACCUUGGGCAAUUGUGCAGCCCAGGAGCGCUGAUGAGGUCUCCCAGGCAGUGAAGGCUAUGGUUGAGACUCCGGACUGCAAGUUUGCUGUGCGCAGUGGCGGCCAUACGGUCUUUCCUGGUGCCAGUAACAUCCAGGACGGCGUCACAAUAGACCUGGGUCUGAUGGCGAAGACGUCGUACGACCAUGAUACGGAACUUGCGUCGCUGCUUCCUGGAGGAACAUGGACGGAUGCGUACCAAGAGGUCGUUAACUACGAGAUCGUUCUCGCUGACGGCAGCAUCGUCCAAGCCAACGUGGACGAGAACUCCGACCUCUUUCGAGUCCUCAAGGGCGGCGGGAACAACUUUGGAAUUGUAACACGCUUCGACCUGGUGACGUUUCCUUCCAAUGAAAUUUGGGAUGCCAGACUUGUCUGCGCCAAGGAGUCGACUCCGGAUGUCGUCGCUGCGCUGGCGGAUUUCAUCGGUAAUCUCGAAGCUCACCCGGAUGCGCACAUUUUGGCGAUGUGGAUGUACAUGCCCAGGACCAAAUACCACUUCAUUAUGAAUCUUCUAACAAGCUUGGACGGCGAGCAGGAAGCCCAGUGUUUGGCUAAGUUUCUGGUGAUCCCCGGCGAGAAGGAUGCCAAGACGACCACGGUUGCCGACAAGAUGGCGGCGUUCGCUCUGCCGAAGUCCCGACGACAAACGUGGUUCACCUUGACCUUCAGAAACGACACCCGAAUCAUCCAGAAAGCUGCGAAUGUAUUCGAAGACCGCAUAGAAAAAAUGAAGGCUCAGAUUCCGGACCAUGAUUUUCAUUUCUCCAUGGUGCUACAGCCACUACCCGCAUCUUUCGGCAAGCAUUCGGCUGUUCGUGGUGGAAAUAUGUUUGGAUUGGAGCGUAUCAAGGAAGACUGUGUGCUGUUGGUUUGGGCCAUUGAGGUCGAUACCCAAGAACUAAGAAACAGUGUUGGGUUCCCGACACUCAAGGGAGGCAUUGAUGAGAUUGAGGCUUUCGCCAAGUCCGUCAAUGGCGACGUUGGGUUCCGCUACCUCAACUACUGCGACGGCUCCCAAGAUCCACUCGGCAGCUAUGGUGAAGAGAACGUCCGCAAGAUGCGAGAGGCUGCAGAAAGGUACGAUCCGGCGGGUGUGUUCCAGACGAGAGUGCCUGGCGGGUUCAAAAUCUCAAAUGUGACGGUAGGGAGGGAGGGGGAGCUGACUCCGACCGAGGGAUGA